AUGCAGAUUCUGGGACAUCGGGCUCUUGAAGUCAGCGCAUUGACAUGAUGGACCCUCCUUGCCGCCCCUCGAGUAUAGUCUUUGAAAGACAUACGUUCUGUGUCUGGAUUCAUCUUUGUGCAUAUGGAUGCGCAACUGCCCUUUCACUAUCAUUAACAAGACCACCUUUAGUCCCCUGUAUUGCCUGGAUUUUCUUCUCACAGGUGUGGCCCCGCCCAGCUGUCAGUGAUGGCCUUGCCCCGGUGAGCCAAACCCUGCCCUUCUCACCCACCGGCCACCAGCCAGCAGGAUGAGGCUGUGGAAGGCGGUAGUAGUGACGCUGGCCUUCGUGAGCAUGGACGUCGGGGUGACCACGGCCAUCUACGCCUUCAGUCACCUGGACCGCAGCCUGCUGGAGGACAUCCGACACUUUAACAUCUUCGACUCGGUGCUGGACCUCUGGGCUGCCUGCCUGUACCGCAGCUGCCUGCUGCUGGGGGCUACCAUAGGCGUGGCCAAGAACAGCGCUCUGGGGCCAAGGCGCCUGCGGGCCUCGUGGCUCGUCAUCACCCUCGUGUGCCUCUUUGUGGGCAUCUAUGCCAUGGCCAAACUGCUACUCUUCUCAGAAGUGCGCAGGCCCAUCCGGGACCCAUGGUUCUGGGCGCUCUUCGUGUGGACCUACAUCUCACUGGCUGCCUCCUUUCUGCUGUGGGGGCUGCUGGCCACUGUGCGGCCGGAUGCCGAGGCCCUGGAGCCGGGGAAUGAGGGCUUCCACGGGGAGGGUGGGGCCCCUGCUGAGCAGGCCUCGGGAGCCACACUACAGAAGCUGCUGUCCUACACAAAGCCUGACGUGGCCUUCCUAGUAGCUGCUUCCUUCUUCCUCAUCGUCGCAGCUCUGGGUGAGACCUUCCUGCCCUACUACACUGGCCGGGCCAUUGACAGCAUUGUGAUCCAGAAGAGCAUGGACCAAUUCACCACGGCUGUUGUCGUCGUUUGCCUGCUGGCCAUCGGCAGCUCAUUGGCCGCAGGUAUUCGGGGCGGUAUUUUCACCCUCGUAUUUGCCAGACUGAACAUUCGCCUCCGGAACUGUCUCUUCCGCUCACUGGUGUCACAGGAGACAAGCUUCUUUGAUGAGAACCGCACAGGGGACCUCAUCUCCCGCCUCACCUCUGACACCACCAUGGUCAGCGACCUGGUCUCCCAGAACAUCAACAUCUUCCUGAGGAACACGGUCAAGGUCACGGGCGUGGUGGUCUUCAUGUUCAGCCUCUCCUGGCAGCUCUCCCUGGUCACCUUCAUGGGCUUCCCCAUCAUCAUGAUGGUGUCCAACAUCUAUGGCAAGUACUACAAGAGGCUCUCCAAGGAGGUCCAGAGCGCCCUGGCCAGAGCCAGCACCACGGCCGAGGAGACCAUCAGCGCCAUGAAGACGGUACGCAGCUUUGCCAACGAGGAGGAGGAGGCCGAGGUGUUCCUGCGGAAGCUGCAGCAGGUGUACAAGCUCAACAGGAAGGAGGCAGCGGCCUACAUGUCCUACGUCUGGGGCAGUGGGCUCACACUCCUGGUGGUCCAGGUCAGCAUCCUCUACUAUGGGGGCCACCUAGUCAUCUCGGGGCAGAUGAGCAGCGGCAACCUCAUCGCCUUCAUCAUCUAUGAGUUUGUCCUGGGAGACUGCAUGGAGUCCGUGGGCUCCGUCUACAGUGGCCUGAUGCAGGGAGUGGGGGCCGCCGAGAAGGUGUUCGAGUUCAUCGACCGGCAGCCCACCAUGGUGCAUGAUGGAAGCCUGGCCCCCGACCACCUCGAGGGCAGGGUGGACUUUGAGAAUGUCACCUUCACCUACCGCACUCGGCCCCACACGCAGGUUCUACAGAAUGUCUCCUUCAGCCUGUCCCCGGGCAAGGUAACGGCUCUGGUGGGGCCGUCAGGCAGCGGGAAGAGCUCGUGUGUGAACAUCCUGGAGAACUUCUACCCUCUGCAGGGCGGCCGCGUAUUGCUGGAUGGCAAGCCCAUCGGUGCCUAUGACCACAAGUACCUGCACCGCGUGAUCUCACUGGUGAGCCAGGAGCCCGUGCUGUUCGCCCGCUCCAUCACUGACAACAUCUCCUAUGGCCUGCCUACCGUGCCCUUCGAGAUGGUGGUGGAGGCUGCACAGAAGGCCAACGCCCAUGGCUUCAUCAUGGAGCUGCAGGACGGGUACAGCACAGAGACUGGGGAAAAGGGAGCCCAGCUGUCAGGCGGGCAGAAGCAGCGGGUGGCCAUGGCCCGCGCACUCGUGCGGAACCCACCUGUGCUCAUCCUGGACGAAGCCACCAGUGCCCUGGAUGCAGAGAGCGAGUACCUGAUUCAGCAGGCCAUCCACGGCAACCUGCAGAGACACACGGUGCUCAUCAUUGCACACCGGCUGAGCACUGUGGAGCGGGCGCACCUCAUCGUGGUGCUAGACAAGGGUCGGGUGGUACAGCAGGGCACACACCAGCAGCUGUUGGCACAGGGCGGCCUCUAUGCCAAGUUGGUGCAGCGUCAGAUGUUGGGGCUCGAGCACCCCUUGGACUAUACAGCCGGCCACAAGGAGCCACCAGGCAAUACUGAACACAAGGCCUGACAGCGGCCCCCUGGCUGAAGCACUGGAGACGACCUGCCAAGUCCCACUCCUGCUUCUUGCAUCUUGCCUCCUCCCACUUGCUCCCCAGGCACCCGCCAGCUGCCAUGGGCUUACCCCCUUCUACUGUGUCCUUCUGGCUCCUCCAGGUCUCCAAGGUACAGCAGCCUUUUUAAACCAAGCUACCAGGGUUUUUACUGCUCAGUUCAAAGCACUCCAGUCAACUCCAAGAUUUCAAAAACACCUUUUUGGGACUGGCAGUGAGCAAGCUCACUAAGAUGUUUCCAAGACUUCUGAGCCAAGAGUGCACGACCCUUUCUAACUGCCUGGAGGAUGUCUGGGAGAGAACUAAGCACUACCCUUUGCCUCUCGGGAGAAGCAGCCUCCCUGUCCCCUAGGGGGACACAAGGGUUGGCCUUUCCAUCCUUCCAGUCUCCCGGCUCUGUGAGUCAGGCCAGAGGUGGGGCAAGAGAUGGGAGGUGGCCCACUGCCCAUCAGCCCCCUGCCAAUCAAAGCCAGUCUCACUGUGAACCACUGGGACCUCAGCAGAGGAGGGGCUGGCCAGGCCUGGUGGGCCUUGGGGUGCCCUCAGCCCCGCACCCAGCACUUGAACCCUUCAUCCUCUCCCCUGGCUGACACCUUCCCUCCUGUCCAACCCUGCAACUCUGUGGAGGAACCUUGUCAUUUGUAAGAUAUAUUCUCAGAUUGGUGGAGGGGACCAAGGCAAUGCCCAGGGUCUGGCUUUGUCCUGGUUUCAAGAUUUGGGAGAACUGGGUCAAUAAAGUGUACUA